AUGGUUCCAACUCACCAGCGACACUCAUCUCGUAGUCCUUAUUUUGUUUCCACCGUGGCGCUGUGGAAGUCAAUUACUGGGCAGAAGGGCCCUGCCCUGGCCCCGGAACCACUUGCCUCCCCCGCCUAUAACAUCUCUCUCAACUUCACCAGCCUCAUCUCCUUCCCCUCAAGAAUUCUUGCCCGGAUUCGCAAAGCAGACUCUUUGUUCGAUGAAUUUCUCCUGGACAGCAAGCCAGCCACCCCGCGCUCGCCAUCGCUGUCGGGGAGAGGCUCGGACUUGGGCCCUUAUAGCUUUGCUGCUUUCUUCUUGUCGGGGUAUAUGUUGGGGUUGUUCCUAUUGGCAGUUGUUAUGCAUCGGAUUCAGAACAUAGUCGUCCCUCCACGUUCAGCCAGCCGGUCGCAUGAUCACAGCCGAAGCCAUAACCUGGUUCAACGUGUCUGGAAUGCCGUUCUUCCACUCGACCUUACCCGCACAUCCACGCGCUUGGCCUUCCAGCUCCCGACGCUCUACUUUCUUUCCAAACAGCUGCUCAUUUGGGCCGCUAUACUACUCCAGGUCUCUGAUCUCUAUCCUGUAAACCGGCCUGGCGGGUACAUCGCGUCUUUCGGCCAAUGGACACAACGGUUGGAGAUGGAUGAAGUCUGCUUUCGCACCUUUAUGGCCAUCUGUGCCGCGUUUGCUAUGGAGUCCUUUGUCCGAGGUUUAGACGGGGGGUUCGGUCUGGUCCAAAUUAAUGCCAAUUCGACACCUUUUAACUUGAUCGGCUACUCGUUUCUUUUGCAUAUCUACUCUUCUCCCAUCACCCACGUCUAUAAGCCUUCGGGACUUCCUUCUCGUCCCGACAAGCAUGUGAUCGUCUCAAUCACUAUUCCUCUGCUUCAAUUAACUAUAUUCCAUAUCUUAUCCAUCAGGAAACGCUGGUCUAACCAUCGUCUCUUACCAACAGCACUCUCGUCGGCCUUGGCCUUGAUUCACUUCCACUCAACCCUAUACUCGCAUUAUAUGGCUUCACCAGCACCUCUCCCUCUGUCCGUGGCACGACUUCCUGAUGUCUCUGUUGCAACUACCGCCGAAAAGUUCCCGGCUCCGACUCCCCCUCCUUCCCCUCCAUCUGCAGGCCCACUUUACUCACGGCCCACGGGCUCCGGGUCCUUCCCACUUCUCAAUUACGUGCCCAACACGUUCGAGACCCUCUUGAUAUUGACGAUCACCCUAACCAUUGUGCUUAACGCCCUCACUCAACUAAUUCUAACUGGACGGGUCUCUCGGCCCCUUCUCGGACUCGGUUUAACGGGAGGUAGCGCAAAUGGAAUCUGGGACUGGGCGCCAUCGUAUGAUGAGGACUGGGGCGUUGUCCUGCUUCGGGUCGGAACUGCUUCGCUUGAAGCCACUGGUCUCCGUGGCUGGGGAAACGAACUGCCCAGUAUCAACGCGAGUGCAAUGCAGCGUUUCCCUCAAUAUGGUGUCGCCAAGUUGGGAGCGAGCGGAUUGGUGGAGGUUUCAAGUGGCUUCGGGUCCACAGAUACUGGUCGAAAGUUCAGGAAGCGUGGGCUGACGAACGAAAUCAAAGAGGUCGACGUUGGAGUGCGUACUGGAGGCACAUUUGGUGCUAGAUUGAUCAACUGGCGAUGGAUGCAAGAGGCGUGGAUAUUCUUGGGAACGAUGGCAGGGGUCGCUCGUGGGCUUGCUCCCGAGAGCCCUCAAGAAGAAGUGCCAAGAUUAGAGGCGGACGAAAGCCAAGACCGGGCACUCUAUAUGCGCUUCUUGAGGCAAGAGGAGAUCAGCGACGAUGAGAAUGACGGUGCAGAACACUGGGGUCUCGAGGAGAGUUCGGAGGAAGAGCCGGAGAACGAAGAUACACUGCAGGAUAAUGAAGCAACUCAAAUGUACUCUGAUCUGGCAACAACAAUGGAGGGCCCAUUGCUUCUGGCCCAUCUGACCCGUAGUGAUGAAGUGCCGCUAACGAGGAGCCGUUACGGGGCGCUCGUCCAACCAGUGCCUCCAGAAGCGUCGGUUGUUUCUAUUCCACCUCCGAAUGCACAAUUGGAAGAUGAUAGUCGACGGAAUUGUGUUAUUUGCACCGUUGAAGCUCGCGAUGUCAUAUGCUGGCCUUUUGUCUGUCAAUGUGCGAUGGAUGCCGCGAGGUUCUUGCGUCCAGGGCUUCUGCUUCUAAGCAUCGCUGCCCAUGCUGCAGAGAAAUGUGAGUUUUUCUACCGCAUAGCUCCGAACUUAUAUUGA